AUGGGGCAGUCACCAUCCCAGUUUAUGGAGGACAUGCAGAAGCGCUCCAACUUCAACGCAAGCGAGCUAGAGCGGCUGAAGAAGCGGUUCAUGAAGCUCGAUAGUGAUGGCUCUGGCUCGAUUGAUCGGGAAGAGUUCUUGCAAAUACCGCAGAUCGCGAACAAUCCCCUUGCGUCGCGACUAAUAGCCAUUUUCGACGAAGAUGGUGGGGGAACGGUCGACUUCCAGGAGUUCGUCGGCGGACUGAGUGCGUUCAGUAGCCGAGGCGGUCGAGAAGAGAAGCUGCGAUUUGCGUUCAAGGUGUACGACAUGGACCGGGAUGGGUUCAUCUCCAACGGAGAGCUUUUCCUCGUCCUCAAGAUGAUGGUGGGCAACAACCUCAAGGACGGACAGUUGCAACAAAUUGUCGAUAAGACUAUCAUGGAGGCAGACAAGGACGGCGACGGCAAGCUGAGCUUCGAGGAAUUCGUCCAGAUGGUCUCCAAUACGGACAUUGUAAAACAAAUGACUCUUGAAGAUCUCUUCUAA